CUGCGCAUGCGCGAUGGACAGACCCGCCUCCCAUAGUGACGUCACCGCGGCGCGACUCAGGCGUGUUUUCACGGAGGAGAGCAGAACCGAAAGGAAGAGAACAUGUUAAACACACUUUUGAGGGGACAUAAGGAAUUUACAACCGUGCCAAUGUGGGAGUGAGAUGAAACAGUCCUGAAAGACUCAAACUUUCCUCCGUUGGAGCCGUGAAGGUGAUCGUGAUGGAGAAGUGUCUGUGGUGCACCACGUCCCUGGAGGUGGAGGGAGACGUGGCGAUCGUCACCAUGUUGCGUCGCUACAGCUCCGGACAGCUGUCUGAGCGAGAGAUGGACUCUCUGAAUGAAGACCUCAGCUGCUGUCUGGAGUGUGUGGUGGAGUAUCAUCGAGCCAGAGACAAGGUCCCUGAUCUGCACAAGCGUUUGUGGGAAAUGGAGAAGGCUCGACUCAUGCAUUUGUUGGGAACCGUUCUAGACAAGGAGCUGGAGGAGGACGAUAUCUUUAUUAUCGAAGAUGACCACGAGGAGCCGGUGUCGAAGAUCUCUCCUGCAGAAUUGCACGACCGCCUCCGUUUCCCGCUGUUUGAAGUUCUGAAGUUCCCGUACCUGCUUUGCCACCGUGAUCUGUGUGAUUUGGUGGUAAAAGCCUUGUGUAAGCUGCAGGAUAUGAAGCAGUCUUUGACUGUGUUUGAGAAGUAUCAAGGAACCUAUCUGCUUCUCGUUCAUCCCAACGAACAGGUGCGCCGUUGGGCAAUCGAUACAGCAAAGACCAUGAAGAGUGUGGAUCGGGAUGCCUACUAUGACCUUCAGGAGAUUUUCUUUUGCAUGUUUUAUGUCAUUGAGCUUGGAAUAUCUUUGGACUUCCCAGAUUUGGAGCCAGAGUCUUAUGCAGGGGGCACUGUACAAAUGCUGCCCUCUCACCUCUAUGAUUCACAAAAUAAGAAGAACUACUGGCUAGGUAUCUGUAUGUUACUAACACAGCUCAGCGCUGAUGCAAUGGACUCCCUGUUCAUGGGACAGUUUAACAUCCCACUUUGCAUACUCAACACAAUGGAGGGGUUGAAAAAUGAGGACAAUCCAGCUUCUGACCCAUUCUGGCCAGCCCUUCACUGUUUUAUGGUAAUUCUGGACCGACUUGGUUCUAAGAUCUGGGGUCAGGUUGACCCUAAUAUGGCUUUCCAGACAAUCACUGGAGCAGCCAGCUAUGUUGCGGAAAUAAGGAACAUACAGAAAAAAACCAUGCGGGGCAUGGUUAAAGUGGAGCCUGAAUAUGAUGACAAUAUGGUGACUUGCAGUCAGAUGGUGUAUGACUGUUAUGCCUCCGAAAAACCAAACCAAGCAUCUGGUUCGUUGUCCAACAGUGGUAUUUCCAGCAACUAUAUGAUCUAUGAGGAUAUGCAGUCUCUUGUCACCGUGCUUGAUUCUGAAAUGGGCCAGAGCAUGCGUGUAUACGGAAGCACUUUUCUAUGGUUCAUUCCAUUUGUCCGUUCCAUAAUGGAACUUCCAGAGCUCAACGCUUCCUAUAUUAGUGAAGUCAUCCACUAUCUUUGUGAUAAGAUACGAGAAAAUCGACACAUGCUAACCGGACAGACAAGCGUGUGCGAUAAAGUGACCGAGUUCUUCACUCGUAUUCUUAUUCAAAUUGUUGAGCUACAUUCUGCUGAAGGGCGAAUGGGAAUACUUUCUCGCUGUGCCCAAAAGUGGGUGCAAGAGAUUGUCUUAUGCAUUAUCCUAUCGGAUGAACCACAUGCGCCACCAGACAGGAUGGGUGGGUUUCACGGAGUCAGUUCAACCUCAUACAACCUUGGGAUGGUCGGAAGACAGCCUGCAUCUGGAGGUGGCAUUGGUGCCAUAAUUCCUGGCUGCAUGAAACUGAUUCGACUACUGCUGAAAGAAGGGAUAAGGAGAUCUGUCCCAGGCUCAACCCUCUUUUUUAAUCGGCUUAUGCAAUUGCGUGGAGUUGCAAACAAACGAUGGAAUCUAACGCGUUCUGAAUCUGAUGAGCUUCAAAAGUGUUUGUUGAAAGUUGUCCGGUUAAUGCCAGAAAGACCUGAUUCUCCACUCUCUGUUGUUCCAUCCUCAUGUGCACCAUCAGUGGAGGCAGCUACAAACACUGUUAUUUCCAGAAAUUCAGUACCAACCCUGCAUCAGCAACAACAUGAGGACCAGGAGGCAGGACCAAGCAGAGCAGGAGAUGCAGCUGCUUUUAUCAAAGAGGAGCCACUUUGGAAUUAUGGAAAUAAUAUCUCUGAGGUUCUAUGCAGCGGUCUUGAAAAAAUUGCAAAGGUUAAGAAAGAACCCCCUGACCCAGUGUCAGUUUCAAAGCUGAGAACACCUGUUCAGUUGGAACGUAUUAAACCAGAUCUGGGUAAAGUGCAGGAAAUUAGAUCCAGAUUAAACGACAACCAAAAUUUGUCAAAGAUCAAAGCCAUUGCCAAACAAAAACCUGAUGAGUCCUUAAAACCUUUUCCCUUGACAUCAGUUAAAGUGGAAGGUGGUUUUGGAGCUGCUGAGGAGGAGGAUGAUGACGAUGAACCCCUUGAUGUCAGACGAACCAGUUUGAUAAAAUCUGUCAACCACAAAGUUGAAUCUAGCGAUUCCGAAAUUGACAGUAGUGCUGUUGGAAAAACUCCUAACCGGUCCAUGGGCAGCUCAAAGCCACAUGUGGAGUCCAGUACCAUUGUCAUCUCCGAUUCUGAUUCUGAUAAUGAUGAAGGGCCAAAUGACGUCCUAAGGUCUCCAGAAGAUCAUGUCUUGCCUGAGAGCCCGGGUCGUGAUUAUGAUGAUCUCAGUGAAUCACAGGUCUUUGAGUUUGAGACGCAGCAAUAUGUGCCAUCUUCUUGGGAUACUUCAGAUUUUGAUGCAUCAGUCUUGACGAAACCAAAAUCAGACCAACUACUCAAACCACAGGUGGAUAAAGCUCCCUGUGAAGCGUCUCCAAGUUCAGAGACUGAACUAAUUCCAGAUGAGGACAUUGAGAGGACCUGUCAGCAAGCAGAAGAUAAGAUCAUAGAACAGCAGCAGCAGCCGCAAGAGCUGGUGGAUUCAAGUGCAUCGUCACGGUCCAAAGCAUCCAGUACUGCAGAGAGCUGGGAUAAAUUUGUAAAACCAAAACCUCUGGAUCAGAUCAAAGAACCGCAGCAGCCACAAGAGCCAGCGGAUUCAUGUGCACCGUCACUGUCCAAAGCAUCCAGUACUGCAGAGAGCUGGGAUAAAUUUGUAAAACCAAAACCUCUGGAUCAGAUCAAAGAACCGCAGCAGCCACAAGAGCCAGCGGAUUCCUGUGCACCGUCACUGUCCAAAGCAUCCAGUACUGCAGAGAGCUGGGAUAAAUUUGGAAAACCAAAACCUCUGGAUCAGAUCAAAGAACCGCAGCAGCCACAAGAGCCAGCGGAUUCCUGUGCACCGUCACUGUCCAAAGCAUCCAGUACUGCAGAAAGCUGGGAUAAAUUUGGCAAACCAAAACCUUUGCUGGUUAAAAGUGCAAAAACAACUCCAUCUGAUAAGAAAAAGCCACUGAUAAUUGAUGCCCUUGCUCUUAAAAUCAGGGGCCACCCUUGGAAACGCAACUCCACAUCUCAGGACGAAGAGGAACCUUCCUCUUCAACCACUCCGUCAUGUGGUACAUCUUCCUCUCCAUCAUCCAGCUGUGUUUCUUCACCUUAUUUUCCUGCCCCCAGUUCACGUGGCACCCCUGCCAUUGUUCCUCCAAAGAAAGUGCGCAAAGUUGUUGAGCCAGAAUCAACAGCAGAGCGUUUGGGAUUAAAAAAGAAGGAAAGGAAAGCCUUUGAACUUUCUCAGCGUUCGCUGGAUUGUGUUGCUAAACUGAGGUGCCAUGGUCAGAAAGUGCAGGUAGAACCACAACAGAAAAUAAGGCGAGUGCGUCGAGUCACUAAGACAACUUCACAGAAACGUAUUGUAAAAGGCAACAAGAAACUUAUGGGUUCACAAGAUAUUCAGUUUUUCAAGCAAAUUCGUGAGAAGCAUCAGAGGCCAACAACAUUAGCUUCCAAACCAGCAAAGAUCAAUCAGCCAGCUGAAGUGCACUUGCCAGAACAUACAGUUGCAAGCAGUGAAGCUGGUGAUUUCUUUCCCUAUCCUCAGCUGGAUCCUGAUAACGAAAAUGCCGAAUCCGAAAUCCGUUCUAAAGGUGAUUGGGUUGGAAGUGAUAAGAGAAUAGAAUCCAAGUACUUCCAAGCCAGUGAGACUGCUGAUGUAAACCAGGAAGAAAAACCUUCUCUGACAUCGGAGGACGAUGAUGAUGAAGAAUGGAUGGUCCUCACUCAGACGGGACCCACUGAUAUGGAACUGUGCUCCCAAAUGGAGCCAUUGGAGGAAGAUGAACUCUUUCUUACCCAGAGAGAUCCAGUUGACAUGGACAUUGAUCCAGAUAGUGAACCGGAUACCCCAGAGCAACCAGUGUUGACACCUAAACCUAUACAGACUCCUAUUGGUGGAAAUGAUGAUCAUUUGUUCUUGAAGCCUAGCAUGUCACCUAUGUCUCAGAAAAAGGCCAAACCUUCUACCACAAAAAUAUACACCCCCAGCUCCCGCAGUGCCUCACUUGUCCAUGAAAUGGAAAAAGUAGCUAAGCCUCUUGUUGCUAAUGUUGCAAAAGCGAAGAUUCCCCGACUGGCCCCAGCAAUGCCACCUGCAAAAACAUUUCAACCUCUCCAGCCUCCACAACUCCCAAAGCCACUUCCUUCACAACAAUCUCCUUAUGCUCCUUUGUUGGUCCCUAGUACUAAAAUAAGCUCUACCCCAGAUCCACCAUCUUACAAGGUAUACCAAAGACCUGAGGCUCCAGUUAACAAACCAGUACCUGCAACGGAUCAGAGCCCGAAGUUUGACCUUUUGUUCUUGACCCAAGCAAUCCUUAAAUGGGAUUAUAGGAUGCUUGACAACUACAAAGCAUUUGGGAGUCCAAAUGAUCUAUGCCAACUACCGCUGAAGAAGGUGCCAGUUAUGUUUCCCAGCUACAUGGAGUACUUCAACACCUUGUAUCCCCUGCUGCAAAUUAAUGCAUUUGAAGAGAUUGCUAGUGAAUGGCUCAAAGAGGGCCGAGUCAAGUGUCACCUAAGUGUCCAGGGUAUAGAAUACAGCAAUCGCACAGCUAGUGCCAACUUCACGGCAAGCAUUUCUCAGGAAAUCGAUACGAAACAACUAUACCCAAAAGAAAGUGACCUUGUGAUACUUUGGUUGCCGGACAACACCGGAGCAUAUGCCCAUAAUGAACCUCAUUUCCAUGAACCACAUCCUCAUUUCGGUUAUGUGUCCCGGUCCAGUGUUUCUAACAGAGGUCCAGGUUCCAAGUUAACCCUAAACUUGACGAUUCAAACUCGUGGUAAUGUAUCUUCGGUGAAUUCCCAACCUGUACUCUGUGAAGUUAUUGGGUCAUUGAUCAGCACUUUCCGGGAGUUCAAUGCACUGUGUUCGCUACGAAAUGGACCAAUGUUGCGACCUCUUCUUAAUCCACAUGCGUCUUAUUUCACACACACUCUGGACAGCCCAUCGGACCUGGAUUCACCUGAGUUCAACAGGGACCAGGCGAGAGCAAUAGCUUGUGGUCUUGCCAUGAUAAAGAGAACGCAUAAGACCCCAAGAUUUCUCCUUAUUCAUGGUCCUCCAGGAACCGGGAAGAGUAAAACCAUUGGUGGCCUGUUGUACAAACUUCUGUCUUCGGGUAUUAACAGUGCUGCUCCUGUGGGGAACCUUCACUCAAAGUCUCGAAGGACCCGUGUUCUUCUCUGUGCACCCUCAAACGCUGCCAUCGACAGUCUGAUGAAGAAAGUCAUUUUGAUCUUUAAAGAUAAAUGCCGAAACAUCAAUGCUCCUCAAGGUAACUGCGGUGACAUAAACCUGGUACGAUUGGGAAAUGAAAGGACCAUGUCGAAGGCACUAAAACCUUUCAGCCUCGACUACCAGACUAAAGCUAGAGCACAGAGAGCCCAGCAAACUGUAGAAGCUGACAUAAACAGGCGGAAAGAGCAACUAGACCAAAACAUUGACAAUCUCUCCAAGCGAUGUGCAAAGACGAAGAAGGAUUCUUCUGAAUUCAAGACGUUGAUGGAGCAGAAGUUGCAGUUUCUGAAGGAGAGAGAAGGACUGAGUCGGCGGAUUAAAGAGUGUUGGAUUAAGCGACAGGAAAGUCAAGCUUUUGUGUUGCAAAAUGCUCAUGUGAUCUGCUGCACGCUCAGCACCAGUGGAAGUACUGUCCUCGAGAGCACUUUCCGUCGUCUCGGAAAUGAAAUGUUUAGCUGUGUCAUCAUCGAUGAGGCUAGUCAGGCUAAAGAAACUGAGACUCUGAUUCCCAUGAUGUACCGAAGUCCUUCUGUAAUCCUUGUUGGUGAUCCCAACCAGCUUCCACCAACGGUUGUCUCCCAGAAAGCUAAGGAAUUUGGCUACGACCAAUCUCUUAUGGCAAGGUUAUGCAGAAGUCUUUGUCAGUCAAACCCGCAACCCUCUCCCAUCCUCCUGCUCAGCGUACAGUACCGCAUGCACCCAGAAAUCUGUGAAUUCCCCUCAAAGUACAUCUACAACAGCGCUCUCAAGGAUGACUGUGAGACGGCUCAGAAGCGCUGUUCCCCCAGCUGGCCCUUCAAGCCCUACAAAGUGUUCGAUGUUACUGAUGGGAUGGAAAAGAAGGAGAGAGGUUCCUUUUCAAACAGCAAAGAGGUCAAGUUGGUCUUGCUGCUGUUGAAGCUGCUGGUCAAGAAGCCGUCCGAUCGAGUGGGUGUCAUCACACCCUACAACGCCCAGAAGCAAUGCAUACUGGAAGCCAUCAGGAGUUCAGGCCUCGACAAACAACUUCAGGUUGAUGUGGAUACUGUAGAUGGCUUUCAGGGCAAAGAAAAGGACUGCAUAAUUGUGUCUUGCGUGAGAGCCAGCAGUGAAACUGGUUCCAUUGGGUUUGUGGGAAAUCGUCAGAGAAUGAACGUAACCAUUACAAGAGCCAAAUUAAGUCUCUUCAUACUGGGACAUCUACGCACACUCAGGGAACAAAGUGAUUGGGGAGCUUUGAUUGAGGAUGCUAGGAGGCGUAAAUCUAUAAUCAAAACCAUGCAAAACGAUUAUGAAAGUGACGUCAGGCAGAUUCUUAAAUCAGAACGAGAGCCGCCGACUUGCAGUCUCUCUUUUCCCCCAAUCAGCAGCACUGUGACCACACCUGUUAUACAUGCAGCUGUGGAAACAGGUCCCGCCCCUAUGCCCGUCCCCCAGCGCGACAUGAGCAACAUGCCGCGGCUAAUACCUCUAGAAUGCCCAAAUAACCCACGGAUCAAUGAAAGGCCCAGAGACCCACGGUUUGCAGAGCCACGGCCAAUCAGAGAACAGAUACCAGACAGAGAUGGGCGGGGCUUCCCCGGGUCACGCCGCUCAACAAACAGAGCUAAUUCAUGUGAAGCUGACUCUAGACGUACUGGCCAUUGUUCCAGAUAUUCUUCAAAACACAGCAGUUCUUCACCUUCAAAACGACACAGGAGAUAAAUAAAUUAUCCCUGCUUUUAUUUGUGUAAGAGAUUUUUCUUCCUCAUGUCUUCAUGUUUUGAGUACCCACUGUGCACAAGGGUUUUUGUUAAACUCUUCUUUCUCGGGCAAUGGUUUAACAACUUGCUUGACGAAUUCGUUUGAUGGCAGUGCUUACCUAAUCUUGGACUCUUUCUCACCAUCUUUUGCUUCUAAAUGAAUAUUACACCUCUAUUUUAUGCAUGAAGAGGGAUGUUUGGUUGGUUUUGGAUUUAUUUUUUUUGACCUUGUGCUUGUUUCAAGAAAAUAUAUAACUUUUUCUCUUUGAGUCUGUAUAGUUUGUCGCUUUAUUUAAAUGUAACUAUGAUUUAAAGUUUUUGCAGAUAUGGAUUUGGUGUGUAAAUGUGUUGUACAUGAAUGCAGUGCCGUUUGUGUUUCAUUGGUUGUUUUAUACUGAGUUUUAACAUACUAGAAUAUUUUUGAUUAAGCUGACUGUUCGAAUAAUUUAAGUAGGCUAAAUAUGAUUCGUCACUAUAAUUCUGGAGAAGGCCAAGAACAGAACCAGUUUUGCUUAAAAUUGUAAUUUCAAAUAUAAAAUGCCAUGUUUUGUUUAAGUUGUGAAUGAAAGUUAAGUUUGAAAUUUUACAUUUGAAGUAUACAAGCCAGCUACCUGGAGACUGAAAGACUGACCGUUACUUUGGAUUUUUUUUUCUUGUUUUAUCUUGUGUGUGAGACCAGUUUGUAUGAAGAGGACUUUAUUUUGUACAGAUGCACUUUUUGUAGACAGAAAUAAAAAAUAUUUCUUUUUUUU